CCCUUUUCUAGUGUGCUUGUGGGGGUAUAAAGAUUGGGAGAGUCCCAUAAACGGCAGAUUGUGAGCGUGAGAGAAGAAAUCAUCCCCUUUCUCUCUCUAAAAAACCUUCUCUAUAUAUGUGGGUUUCGGCCCUCAUCUUUGCCUCUUUCGCGUCUGAAUUCCGAACAAAAAUCGUACUCCCUGAGGUUCUUUUCAAGAAAUCCAUUACAAAAACCACAUAAACUCACACACUUCAGACACAGAUUGACACAAGGGAUUGAGAUUUUAGAGAGAGAAAGUGUUUUUCUGUAUGCGAUUGUCUCUACUUCAUUCAAUAUACAAUGUCCACUUUGUAGCGGACAAGUUUGAAACUGCGGGUUUCAUGGAAGAAGAACAUUGAAUCUGGAAAUGAGUGCAAGGACAUGGUUAAUGGAGAGGAUAAUAGUUGCUGGUUCCUUUCCACUUUGGGACUGCUGUUCUUGAAAGUAUUUGAAAAAAAGCUUUUCUUCACCAUUAUCUCUAAUACUUAUCAUUUGUGUAAUUCGUGCAAUGUCUCGGUGCUUUCCAUUUCCACCACCUGGAUAUGAAAAGAAACCUACAACAGAUGAUCUUGACUUGCUGAAGAAGGAAAAACGCAAAGAGAAGAAGCAUAAAAAGGACAAGAAAGACAAAGAGAAAAAAGAAGGGAAAGAAAAAAGGGAAAAAGACAGAAGCGAAAGUAAACAUAAAGAGAAAAAAGACAAGAAAGAUAAACACCGAGACAAAAAGAAGGACAAAGAGAAGGGUAAAACCAGUACCCAAGAUGAGGGGUAUAAUGGGGAAAAGCACAAUGAACAAAUUCAACAAAUUCAAGAAAAGAAACACUCUCUUCAAUUUCGAAAUGGUGAAUCCAAUAAAGAUAGAACCAAUUCCUCAGAUGACAAGAAACAACAAUCGACACAAUUCCAGGGGCAAAAUGGGGAUUUGGCACGAAACAGGGAUACAGAGAAUUUAAAAUUUGUGCAGGAAUUGGAUAGAAGGAUUAGAGAUGAGGAAAAGGGAAGUGGUAGCCACCAGUUUUUUAAUGAAGGUAGAAAAAGUAGUUAUAACAACAAACUUGAGAUGCAAAAUGCAAUUGCAAGAAGUAAGAUCAAUGGUGCUACUGCUACACCACCACCACCACCAUCACAACCACCACAACCACCACCACCUCAACCACCUUUGGACAACAAGAUUGAGAGGAGAUUUGAUCAGAAAGAGAAAGUGCAAGAAAGUGAUGAUAGAAGGGGAGAUAAAAGGAAGCACAAAGAUAGGGAUAAACAAAGGGCAGGAAAGGAAAAAGAUAAUGAAAAGGAGAAAAAAGAGAAAUCAAAAGAAAAAAAUGAAAGAGAGAGGGAGAAGAAUAAACAUAUGAAGAAGAGUGAUUCACCAAUGGCUACUCUUAAUAAUUUGUCUUCACAUAUUCUUGAAAAUAGUUUUCAUGAAGGGAUCUUGAAGAAAAGGAAAGAAAUGGAGACAAAUGGUGUUUCUCAUGAAAACGAGCCCAGGCCCAAUAAGAUGGCCCGGCCCAUUUCCAAUAUCUCCCCGGAAAACGGAAGGCCCCAAAACCAAAACCCAAGCUCAAGUUUCUUAGAUAACCAAAGGGAAAGAGAAAGGUCAUCAUCUCAAAAUAAUUUCAAAAUGGGUGGUGGAAAAAGUCAAAAAGUCAACGGCAUCAUACCACCACCUUCCCCACCACUCUCAGCCUCUCUUCCCGCCAAAAAACCACCAAUUCCUGCCUUCAAUCAUCUCCACCACAAACCCUCCCCCAUAAAAUCGCCUCCACCACCUGUAAUUACAAAUACAAACCAUGUCACCGCCCACUCACCGCCACUCACCGCCACCAAGCCGCCACCACCACCUCCUCCAAUUCCAAUUCCAGUUCCUGUAAAACCUGUCUCCCGCCCUAAACCACCGCCAGCUGCCGUCAAGGCGGUGGCAGCGGCGGCACCACCACCUCCACCGCCCAAAAAGAAGGCGGAAACAGUCAAACCGCCACACCCCGAUACAAAAUACUUAAACCAAAUACUCACGGUUCCGAAACCGGAUGAGUGGUGUGGUGUUGACGACCAAGAAUGGCUGUUUAGCACGGCGGCACCACCACUGCCGCCACGUGAGGCGGCAACAAUGGCGGAUGUGCAGGUAUGGUCUGAAGCCAAGCACAUAGAAUCUGUUGAUGUUUGUGCUUUGCCGUAUGUUAUUCCCUACUAAUUCAUUUUCAAUGAGAACACAAAAAGAAAAACAAACAAUUACAAUCGAUGUGGGAAUUCAUGAUUCCGGAGUCAGUCAGUCAGUCAGUCACAUUCUUUCUAAUUCCAUUCGCGGGUGUCAUCGGAAUCGGAAUUGAAGAAAAGAAAUGGAAAGUUUUUCCGUGAGGAGGUUGAGUUCAUGAGAUAUAUAAACGAAAAUGGAAAGAAGAAGAUUAUGAUGAUGAUGAUGAUGCAUUGGUGGCUUUUCUGCAAUGUUUAUUGAUAUUUGCUAAAAAUGCUAAAAUGCACUUUGAUGCUAUGCUAACAUGAGCGAGAGAGAGAGAGAGAGAGAAAGAGAGAGUGUAAAAGAAAAACUUGUUUUAUGGUGUGGUGUGUUGUUACAAUUUCAC